GUAGAGGCUUAAAUUGCCUUAUAUAUAUAAAAAUAUUAGCAGUUACUUUUUCGAAAACGUAUAUAUAUACAUAUAUAUAUACAUGUGAUACGGCAAGCAACAUAGCGAUUGUAGAAAAAGAAAGUUGCAAUAAAACGCAAUGAACUGUCAUAAAUGCUUUUUCCUUUCAUUCGAAGCGAAAUUCUUAGCAUAUUAUAUUUGUUUGACAAUAAACUCGUAAGUAUGCAAGUCGACGACCUAAUAUGCCCAUUCCAUUCCGAAUGAAACAGUUUCGAUAAAAUCAUGCAUUAUAUUCUAAAAUUUUUACUUACUUUGAAGCAGGAGCUGUUCCGCCUUGAUCUACGCACGUUCAGAGGUAUCUUCGGUCCAAAUAAUAUCCCAAUUAUUUGAAAAAGAGGCACAGCACUUUAACACUUGCGUCCAUUACGAUUCAAUCACAGUACCGAACGCGGGAACGUUACUGGCACGAAGUUCAAACCGUGUGCUUUUUAAGAAUCGGACAUCGGACGCUCUUCGAUAAUCUACCGACUUCGCGUCACUGACCAACUGGUCCAAAGCACAUGUGUCACGUGGUGGUUGUUUUGAUUCCCGAGAACAACUGUUCUGUACUUAGACAGUGCAUAAUUUCCCGCGAGCAAAUAGUUCAUGAAGUAACAAGACGAAUAAAAUAUUUUCAUAAGGACGCAUAAUUGCCGAUGCAAAGUAUUACCUUUUAAUCAUUUACUGCUCUGUUCUAAUUAAUAAUCAAACAUGGAAUGUUUUUGGUCUGAUUUAAGUAAACAUCCUCGAUGUCCACAUGGGCCGACUAUAUUGUUUGGCACGAGUGCAAAGGGCAAAUUGGAGAAAUUCUAUGCAUGUUCUGCUUGCCGUGAGAGAAAAAUGUGUCGGUUUUAUUUAAAAGCUGGACAGAAUUUAACGAAAAACCAGAUUUCCCAAUGGGAAAGAGAAACGAAACAAUAUGUGUCUCGUUAUCAUCACAGACCGUUGUAUUUAAGAUUGAAUGUGGCAAUGGGAUUAGCCCAAGACAAGAGAUUCUAUUGUCACACUUGUGAACAACUGGUAUUAAAAAAUGAGAAGGAUAAUUUGACGAAACACAGUGGUCAUGAUUUAAAAGAAGGUCUUACAGAUUAUGAGAUGAAGCAUCCAACAGAAAUUCUGAAACCUCUAGAGAACAGUAAACAAGAGGCUCAAUACUUUUUUACAAAGCAGUCGACAGAAGACAUAGUGAAUAUACUCUUAAAACUUAAUGCAAAACAAGCAUUGUGUAUUGGCACUCCAAAAAUCCAUGAAUACAUUUUAGAGAAUCAUGAAGAUAAAAUAUCUUCACUUUUAUUAGACUUUGAUGCUAGAUUUCACAAUUUUUUCGGACCUUUAAAUUAUUGUUGGUACAAUCUAAUGAAUAAUCACUUCUUCGACGAAAAUGCUAUUCACGUAUUUAAAGAUUUUCUAACACAGAACAGAGGUAAAGACACAUAUCUGAUAUGUGAUCCACCAUUCGGUGCCAGGGUUGAAGCGAUGUCUUGGACUUUAAAAAGAAUUUCUGAUUUGCACAAGAAAUGGAAUAAUAUAGAGGAUGAAAGUGAUUGUUUGAAAAUUCUAUUUAUAUUUCCAUAUUUCAUGGAAUCUAUAAUGAGACAGAAAAGUAAUCCACCGGGCAUAUCUGGAGGUUUAAAGGACCUGAGAAUGACUGAUUAUAAAGUGUCUUAUGAAAAUCAUACUCUAUUCGUAACGGAUUCGAAUAGUGCCAAGUUGUCACCCAUUAGAAUUUUCACCAAUGUACCGUUGAAUUUGUUUGAGCUUCCAGAAGCUAGUGGUUACAAAUAUUGCAGAAAUUGUGAGAAAUGGGUCGCCAGAGAGAAUAGGCAUUGUAAGAAAUGCAAAGAAUGCACCUCGAAAAAUGGUCUCACAUACAAACACUGCAAUAUUUGUAAAAGGUGUGUUAAACCAUAUUGGAAACACUGUUCUAUUUGCAAUAGAUGUGCCAUAACAAAACAUUCGUGUGGACAAAAGCCCAAAGUUUCUGGAAACUGCCACAAAUGCAAUAAACCCGGGCAUACAGAAAAGGAAUGUGAAAUAAAUGCAAUAAAAGUAGAAAAAGCUAACAAACGUAAAGCUACUAAUGAGAUUUUGACGAAUAACAUAAAGAAAAAAAAGGUGGACAAUACUCUCACAUCCGAUGACAACGAACUUGAGCAUACAAAAAAGGAAUCUGGUAUAAAUACAACGGAAGGUAAAAAAGCUACCAAACGUAAAGCUACUGAGAAGAAAUUAACGAAUAACGUAAAGCAAGAGGUCGACAGCACUCGCAAAUCUAAUGACAACGAACCUGAACAUACAGGCGAAAAAUCUGGUACAAAUACAACGAAGGCAAAAAAAUCUAACAAACGUAAAGCUACUGAGGAGAAGAAAUUAGCGAAAAAUGUAAAGAAAGAGAUGGACAGUACUCGCGAAUCCGAUGAUAGAGAACCAAAAACUUCAAUGAAGAAUAAGUUAGAAAAAAACUCCGAGAUUAACGUAAAACUCUUGAAAAAUACUAAAUCUUCGAGGACGAAACACAAAGCGGAACUACACAGUACAUCGAACGGCAUUGCAAAAACGAAAGAGUAAAAGAAAAGAAGAUAAACGUGAUUCCUUAUAAACCAUCUCUGUUCAUAUUUUUCAAAGCAUAUUUUUACGUUGUAAAUAAGAUUUCUUAUUAAUAUAAUGCGCAUUUCAUAAAAAGAUCUCGUUUACUUAAGUGUUUCCCAUGCAAGUUUCAAACUGGACAAGAUAACUGUACAUCAAAUACAUUGUCUAAGAAAGUGAUAGAGAUUUGACUUACGUGAAUUUCUCUUCUAAAUACCGUGAUUCUUCCAAGAAUAUUUGAUGCACUUCCACGGUGGUACUAGUCGUAGUAUUUUGCAAUGUAAACGACUAAUAAAUAGCGUCUUCCAUGAAGGGAAGCUUGGCGGUCACUGGCAGUUAUUCCCGAAACGUAAACUUCGUAUUCAAGAGUGAACUACGUUCGUUCUUGUCUGCAAUUCGUGCGAAAAACUUAAAGAAGAGAUGCAGCGUCACAUUUCU